AUCCAAUUUCAGUUGGGGUCUGGUCGGGGCCGUGAUUGGGCAUUGGACCAGUCAAUCUACCCAGAGAGGCGGGGUUUGUGCGCUCGCAGACAAGACUCAGGGCUAAAAUAACGUAACUAGAUUUUGUUCCUAACUGCCGUCAUUUCCUUUAGUCAACUACAGAAAUGCCUGCUUGAAGAAGUACGAGGCAGCGCGCCACGUUUUUGUGAAGGAUGUUUUGUUAGUUUUUGGUCGGCGUCAGGCUCAAGGUAACGUUAACAAACCUGUGAUUGACUUUAUUAACCGCUAAUGUCUGGAAAGAUAUCGUAGGAGAGAAACUGUUUCCUCGGUUACAUCGGUAUAACCAGCUCGUAUUUGUGCCCCGCCAAAAGCCUCAGAGAAGUUCAGCGAGGAAGUGACCAUUUUGUGAGUUGGCUGUUUCCGAUAACGUUAUAAUUAAGUCAGCCUCCUGCUAACGAAAAUGAGUGGCGGAUUCAGUUUUGGGCAAUCCUCCACGGGCUUCGCUUUCGGAGCUCAGAAGCCCACCACAGCCGCAGCCCCUGGCACGGGCUUUGGGAUGACCAGCUCCACACCUGCAGCCCCCGGAGGGGGCUUCGCCUUUGGCACUGCCGCGCAGGCCACCCCCAACCCUGCCGGCUCUUUCAGCUUUGGCACCCCAGCGAAGAGCACAGCAGCCGGCGGAGGAGGCUUCUCUUUUGGGACCCCCACCGCCUCAUUUGGAAUGGGCGCUCCUCAAACCACAGCAGCAGCACCCGCAGGAAUGACUUUAGGCUCAGCAGCUCCAACUGCGGGGUCAGGGUUCACCAUGGGCUCGGGUUUGUCUGCACAGACCACCGCUGCUGCCCCCGCAGGAGGGGGCUUCGCCUUUGGGACUCCUUCUCAAGCUCAACCCCAACUUGCAGCACCUCCAACAGCCACAGUAACGGCGACUACAGGAGCAGGUGGCCUCACAUUCGGAGGAUUUAGCUUUGGAGCAACCAAGGUCCAGGCGACCACAGCUGCAGCCCCUGUUGCAGCCCCUACUGCUACCCCGGGAGGGGGCUUCAGCUUUGGCACCAGUGCUCCAUCCAACCUCACCUUGGGUGUCCAGCCCCAGCCAGCCCACACUGCUGCAACCACAGCAGGUCAGGGUGGAGGAUUUCCCUUUGGGAUUAAACCUUCAUCAACCCCAGCUCCUCCUGCAGCGGCCCAGACAGCCCCAGCUCCAGGCCCAUCUCUCUUUGCUGCACCCAUCUCUACAGCUGCCGCUGUCGCUGCUGCCACUGCUGCUGCUACUGCUGCUGCUGCAACUGCCGCUUCAACAGGUACAGGCUUUACUUUGGGUGGAGUUUCAACUUUAGCAGCAAGCACUGCUGCUCCAACAACCGCAGCAGCAGGUCUGUCGUUUAUGAUGAAACCUCUGGGGGCAGCGACCAUCACCUCCACCUCUGCCUCCAUCCCUUCUUCCACUGUUGCAGCUGCCACAACAGGUGCUGCUACAGGCUUUACACUGGGGCUCAAACCGCCAUCCAGCACAAGUAUCAUAUCAACUACUACAGCAACAACCAUCCCUACAAGCAUUGCUCCUCCAGUGAUGACCUAUGCCCAGCUAGAAGGUCUCAUUAACAAGUGGAGUCUUGAGCUUGAGGACCAAGAAAGACAUUUCUUACAGCAGGCUACUCAGGUGAAUGCCUGGGACCGCAUGCUGGUGGAGAACGGUGAGAAGAUCACAGCCCUACAUAAGGAGAUGGAGAAGGUGAAGCUGGACCAGAGGAGGCUAAACCAGGAGCUGGAUUUCAUCCUGUCCCAACAGAAGGAGCUGGAGGACUUGCUGUGCCCACUCGAGGAGUCGGUGAAAGAGCAAAGUGGAACCAUCUACAUGCAGAAUGCUGACGAGGAACGUGAGAGAACGUACAAGCUUGCUGAGAACGUGGACGCACAGCUGAAGAGGAUGUCGCAGGACCUGAAGGAGAUCAUCGAGCACCUGAACACAUCCAGUGGCCCAGCAGAUACCAGUGACCCACUUCAGCAGAUCUGUAAAAUUCUCAACACCCACAUGGAUUCACUUCAGUGGAUCGAUCAGAACUCUGUUCUUCUGCAGAGAAGAGUGGAGGAAGUGUCCAAACUGUGUGACAACCAGCGCAAGGAGCAGGAGAAAACCUUUCGUUUAACAUUUGACUAAUCAGGAAUAAAUAUGUUGACAUGUAUAUUGACAUAAUUAUCUUUUUUUUUCUUCAGUUGUCCUAAAGAGGGGUGUCUUUUUGGGGGUUGUGAUGUUUUGGAUGGAAAACCAAAACAUUCAUCACAACUCCUGUUAACUUGCUUUUUCCUUCUGCUGUUUUGAAUAAUUUGGUUGCAUAAAUAUCAAUAUUUUCAUUGUAAUAGCUUUAGAGUAGUAAAUAAGUCUGUUCCCAUGUAAAUGCUAUGGUUGUUCUGAAUCGUGUGAUUAAAUAAAUCUUUGGAUAAAG